GUUUCCAGAAGUGCUGGAUCACGCCCGACGUUAGUCGCUGCGUAGAGAAACACGAUACAAACUAUCCGGACGAACUCACCCGGCAGUUUGGCACUUGAGCUCGUUGUCAGUCACCCGGCAUCUUGAAACGUAUCAACGAACCGUCAAACCUCGUCCAUUUUGUGCUACGGACCUGUUCCAACUUGAGUUACGUUGAAAAGAAACAGCGUAGUUUAACCGAAAAGCCGGUCGUUUAUUCUCGCAUUAGAAACCGUAAUUUUCCUCAAGUCUCGACAAACGCAAUCCAACGCUUCGAAGUCGUUGCUUCGUCUGGUACACCUAUACAUCUAGAUAUAUGUGAACGAUGGCGAUGUGCCGCCGUGACGAGUGUCACCAAUUAUCUCACGUCUCACCCGAUACCAGAAUGGCAGAAGCCGUGAAGCAAACGACAGAGGGAAUCGCGGAGAGCCCGGAGAGCGGGCCUCACCUGGAGGUCUUCGACAGGGUGCGGAACAUGCCCGUGGUUCAGUCGGCGAUCGGGAUGACGGGAUCGACCUACAACUACGUCAAGGAGUCGAGCGAUCUCCUCAGCUGGGCUCUGAAUUACGCCGAAUCCGGGCUGCAUUACGCCUCGGCAACGGCGGCGCCGAUCGCGACGCCGAUCGUCAAGAAGUUCGAAGGGCCGAUCAACAAGGUCGACCAGACAUUGUGCAAGGGCCUCGAUAUCGUCGAGCAGCAGGUGUCGACGGCGAGGGAACAACCCCAGCAUGUUGUCGAGGCAGCGAGGGCGGUCAUGAACAGCUCGAUAGCACCGGCUCUUGAGAAAUUGACCGCAGCUAAGGACACGGCGACUCACCAAGCCUCGUCGUUGAAGGAAACGGCCCUCGCCAAGGCGAACGAAGUACUGAACAACCAGUUCGGAGCGAUGGCCGUUCAGGGUGUCGACAAUGCGAGCGCAGCGGUGAAUCGUUUGCUGGAUCAAUAUUUCCCGGCGGUCACAACCGGGGAUCAGGAAGUUGAGCCAGCCCCGAUUUCGGCCGAAGAAAACAAGGUCUUGCACACUGUUCAAACCGUAGGUCAACUCUCGACGAAGACGGCGAGGCGCGUCUAUCACUCGAUAUCUGCCCAGCUAAGGACCAUAAAGAAGGAGGACGUCACCGCCUACAUGAACAGCGCCAUGUCGAUCCUGCACUUAACGCAAUUACUUGGCAGCGAUAAGAAUUCGGGGAACGGAGCUUUGGAGAGUGAAAAAAAGGACGACGAACAGGAGAUCAAGGAGAAACAGUAGGCUACGCGGGGAUGACGAGCUUUGCGAUGGAAAAUAGAGCUCGGUGGAUAUCGCUCAGUUCAGCUGUUACUUUGUAUUGUACAAAACGUGGAAGUGUACAAGUAAAACUUAGAAGAGGAACGAUAGCUGCUCCCAAGUACUGAUCAGAUAUUGUAUCUAUUUUUAUACCGCAGUUAUCUACUGAUAACGAAAAAUUUGCAUUUAUGAUUAUUAUGAAUAUCGAGUAUCAUGUGUACGUGGUACAUGCCUAUGUACAUAUCCUAUACAGAUGACCGUUGUCAUCGCAUGCAUACAUAUUUUAUACAAGAAAAAAAAAAAAAAUGGAGAAAUGGAUGUUCCAAAGCGUAAUUUGUAUUGAAUCUUUACGAUCCUGUUAUAUAUUAAGCAUGAUAUUGUGAGGUAAUGAAUAACUAAGAAAAAAACAAUAAAUCAAGCAUACCUUAUAGUUACGA